AUUAACUCAAUGCGGCGAACGUCGGCAUGCCAGAUAUGGAAGACAAUAACUUUCCACUGCAGAUGUUAAACUUCUUACGAAGACGUCUGGUUUCAGGAAAUAAUGACGCAUAAAUGGGCAGGGUUUGGAGACAUUCAACAGCACGAUUAAGUGUAUUUAAGAAUAUUCACACAGAGGUUAUUCUUUAAAGGAUAUAUUGACGUCUCCUCAUUACAAAGGAAAUAAUGAAGGGACUACUGAAUUUGAAGAUCUGUCUGACACUGGCUGUCAUUUUCUUUCUCGCAGAUAACGGAUUUGGUGCUCCAGCAAAAGGUAGAUAUAUGUGGGUUAAGUGCAGUCCAGACGCCAAGAAUCCCAACUGUGAGACACAGAGGGGUCCCUGGAUGGACUUGCCUGGGCCUCCUGACAGACUCCCUCCAUUUGCAGUAAAGGAUAUAGUGCUGGAAGAGGAUGGCUCAGAGCUAGAGCAGUCAGGCGAGGGUUCUGAAACUGGAAUCCUCUUCACUGAGCAGGGCUCUGGCGACCAGUUGGCCAGCGCAGAUGUGGACGGGAUUGACUACUCUGACUUUGUUUACCCACAGAAAAUGACCAUGGAUCAGGCUCUGCCUCCUGCUUGGGAAUUGAAAAAGGAUCACCUGAUUCUGUAGCCUGCCAGAAUGCAAAAUAUUGAAAUGUUGAUGUUAAUCUGUUUGUGUAAAAUGAAUUGGCUCUUGCAACCUCUCAAGAUUACAGUAGCACAUGCUUUUUGAUCCAGUUAUUGAUGCUUGGCUUUGUAAAAUUGUAUUUAAUCUGAUUUAGGUAACUGAAGUUUAGUUAUUUUCCCAUGGAACCAAAGAGAUUAAAUUAGUCUUCCGUGUGUUUUUUUCUGUAUUUUUAUUAUUAUUUGUAAUACCAGCCAAGAAUGUUAAUAAUUUUAUUUUUAAACAGGAUUUUCAGGGGUAUAUCGUGCUUUAAUUGUUUUACAUUUUAGUCAUUUAGCAGACGCUCUUAUCCAGAGUGACCUCCAGUAGUAGUGAGUGCAUAUAUUUGUUUACAUUUUAGUACUGGUCUCCUGUGGGAAUCAAACCCACAACCCUGGCAUUGCAAGCACCAGGGUCUACCAACUGAGCCACAAUGAAAACUAUAAGAUAUAUAUUGUGAAACACUCCGUUUUCAAAUAUACUUUAUUCAGAAUUUCCACGAUGGUCACAAUCUAACAUGAUAUCAUUCCGCACUUGUAUUUUCUCAUCCGAGCAAAAUGUUUUGACAAUUUGAAGGAUUAAAUAAACAUAUGUUUUAAUCAUC